CUCGAAGCCCAAAUUUACUCUGAUUUGAAGCCCGUUACGGUGGCCUGGCAGUUGAACGGACAGGAUUUGGUGACCUCGGAGAAAACAGAGACGUCCUACAUUGAGGAGACUGGCUUGGCACAUCUGAUUAUUCGAAGGGCAAGUCACAUGGACUCCGGAGAGUACACGUGUCUCGUGACAGGGGACAUAAUUGAACCGAUCUCUGGCAGAAGAAUAUCGCGCACAAUUAUUUCCAGCUCAUCUGUCCUCAUUGAACAGUUUCGGAUUAUUUCCUAA